AUUCUGUCGCAGCAGCCAUCGCUAUUUCUGUUGCAACCACAACCGCCGCCGACGCCGCAUCUAUUAUCGACAGCGCACAGCAUAGUUGCGACCAAAGAUGCCUAUUUUCCCACAGUCUGCCAAUAUCAUCCGGUGGAUAGGAGAGGAAAAGGGCUGGUCUAAGCAAAAUAAUUCCCGCAAAGUGAAACAACAGUUGCGGGAUGAGCUGGCUGAGCGGAAUCGGGAGCAGUACAUCAAUAUCCAGCCUGUCGAUAAUCCCAAGCGCAUUGUCAGGCUGAGCGGCUGGUCGCGGGGCAAGAUCGAGUGCAAAAUCAGACAGAGGAUGCGCGACGAGUUGGCCGCGCAGCAGCAGGAGCAGUGCAUAAUGGAAAACUGCCUGCAAAUCUUCAGGGCCGGUGGAACCAAGAUCAAGAAUGGCAAAAAAGUGCCAUCAGGCAGGCAGAAGUGGAAUAAUCGCGACAUGGCUGUGGUGCUAAACUUUCGCAUCAUUCUUAACUCCCUUCUUGCAGGCGAGUGUCCUCCCUGUUUCUUGCGAAAUAAUCCAUCGUCAGAGUCGGCUGAGCCUGAGUCUACAGCGACGCCUGGCACUGUGCUCAAACCAAACCCCAAGCCCAAGCGUGUGCGCAAGAAUUCAUCUCUGCUUCUCUUUAAAAGAAGCAACGAACUGGAUAAUAUCUUCAACCAUAGUGGUCAAUUUGUAACGCCAAAAUUGGGCUGGGUUACCUGA